AUGUCACUGCAAGAGGCAACGUUGCGGGUGCAGCAAAUGGAACAGCAUCAGCAACUCUUGACCGAUUGUUGGUCGGUCGAAAGCCCUCCAUCGUACAACAACUCGAGUGCUGUGACGUCUCUAUCCAUUCCUCACACGAUCGCUCGUUUGCAACGGCACCAUGGAGGAGCAUCCGACAAGGAGAACACUUCGCCAGAAGAACAAGAACGCGACAAUACCUGCACGGCAUCGUCCGAUGCGGAAUCUUGCUCCAACGACAACAACAAUAAUCCAGACCUCUCCAAUAUUCCCGAAUGGCCGUCGUACUUGAGAAUGCUAGCCUCGGGCGAAUUCGAUCGUCGUCUCGAAGAAGCCACCAACAUGUUCACGGCCUGCGUCGCCUGUGGUCGUUUCUGCGAAGUGGAUCGACUCUCGUCCGAUAAGGCCGACUGGGGCGAAUGCCGCAUUGGACAACAGGCCAUUGUCUCGGCCGUCGACGCACACUUUGGGGAAGAACCCUGCCUCAGGGGUGUCAAUGGAUCGGGAACAAUAUUCUUUGGUGCUUGUAAUUUGAAAUGUAUUUACUGUCAAAACUGGAAGCUGUCCGCCAUGGAUCAAGGGGAAGUGGUGUCGGAUGAACGGUUGGCAGACUACAUGCUGCACCUGCAGGAACGAGGGUGUCACAACAUCAACUUUGUCUCACCCACGCACAACAUUUUGCCUCUCCUUCGUGGUGUCUACAUUGCUGCCAAGAGAGGACUGCGACUGCCGAUUGUAUUCAACAGUGGAGGGUACGAUUCGGUGGCGUCGCUGCGAUUGUUGGAAGGGAUCAUUGACAUUUACAUGCCGGAUGCAAAGUAUUCCUCUCGAGCUGUGGCUAGAAAGCUCUCCAAGAUUGACAAUUACGUUGAGAUCAAUCAGGCGGCCAUCAAAGAAAUGCACCGUCAAGUUGGUGACCUUCAGAUCGACCCACGCACGGGCUUGGCGUACCGUGGAUUGUUGGUACGGCACCUUGUCUUGCCCAAUGACUAUGGUGGGACGCACGACGUUGCCGAUUUCUUGUUCAAUGAAAUCAGUCAAAACACCUACACGCACGUCAUGAAGUACUAUCGUCCCGAACACGAGGCCACUGACGACACCAAGUACGGGUUGAACCGAAGGCCCUCCAACAACGAGUUGGCGGAAGCUCUGAAACGUGCCAGAUUUGCGGGCUUGAAUCGGAUUCUGUAUUGA